UUAUACCAUUACCUAACCAUUAUUUUUCUAUGGUUAUACCACAGAAUAGAUUUAAUAAAACCGAGCGGUUCUGCUCCCCAAGAUAACAGAGCCUGUUCUGGUUAUUCCGUGAUAAUUUCAAAUUUGACCGAUUGGCGAUUAGUAUCAACUGUUAACUUUUCUGUAAGACACACUAAAAUGCUUAUUCACUUUAAAAUUUUAAGUAUUUGUUCCUUGUAGUGAGUCGCGACUCUUAAACCAUAAAACCAUUGAAUAAUAUGAUUGUGAAUACGGAAUACCUAUAAAACAAUAUUACACAAUACAAUCUACUGGUAUUGUAAAGUAAAAAUUAAAAAAAUCAAAACCAAUGGCUGAUGUUAACGAAGGGACACUUUUUGUGGUGGACGAAGUAAACGACAUUAUUAAGGACUCAAUUGAACAUUCAAUUGGUAGUCAAUUAUACCAACAAAAUAUGGUUAAUAAAUGGACAGAUUCUGUUAUUGAAAACAGUCUAACAAAACUUUCUAAAUUGGGAAAACCUUUUAAAUAUAUAGUGACGUGUGCCAUUAUGCAAAAAGUUGGUGCUGGUCUUCAUUCAGCAAGUUCAUGUUUUUGGGAUAACAUGACGGAUGGUAGUUGUACUGUCAAAUGGGAAAACAAAACUAUAUAUGUUAUUGUAACUGUUUUUGGCCUAGCUAUUUAAAUAGUCAAACUAAAUUAGUACAUGUUUACACCAUUAAAUAAAACAUUAUAUGUUUUAUACAAUAUGGUCAAUAUGUAUGAAAAAAGAAAAUAUUUUUCUUAUUUUUAGUUUUGUGAUAUCA